AUGACUCAACUUCGCUUCGUUACUCUCGACGUCUUCACACUCAAGGCGUACGGCGGCAAUCCGCUUGCCGUCGUCUUCCUACCAGAAGAUGAAUCGGCCGCCUUGACCCAAAGCCAGAAGCACAUCAUCACGAAAGAAUUCAAUCUUUCCGAAACCAUCUUCGUGCACCCAGCCCGUGACUCAAGCAAGCGAACCAUCGACAUCUUCACCAUUGAGUGCGAGAUCCCGUUCGCCGGCCACCCCACCAUCGGCGCGGCCUCGUGGUUCCUAUGUCUCGCCCCGGAAGUGGCGGCUGGCAGCGAUGUCACUUCUCUGGUGACGAAGUCAGGCGAAAUCCCCAUUUCGAUCACCGACGCCGCGACAAAGGCCGUUUCCGCGCGCAUCGCGCAUAACACGCGCAUUCAUGCCUCAAGGCUCAGCAUCAAGGACCUAUUGUACUACCACCCCAGUGUGGCGCCAUUCUUCGCAUCAGAUGUGUCGUUCCCUCUCUUCUCUAUUGUCAACGGUAUGAGCCAGACCUUCAUCGAACUUCCUUCAUUGGAAGCCCUGGCGACCGUGACAACCGCUACUGGCGGAGAACUGGUCCCCGUGCAGAAUGGCAACCACCUCGACGAAGGGUGGAAGAACGGGCUGAUCUGUGUUUACUUCUUUGUCCGCGAUGUAUAUGAUGAUGUCACCAAGCAGAAGGUUAUCCGGACACGCAUGAUGCUAGGCCAAUUCGAAGAUCCGGCGACUGGUAGCUCGGCCAGUGGACUGGCGGCGUACCUGACGCUGACCGAGGGUCAAGCGGGAGAGGAACAUAAAUUCCAUGUUGUACAGGGAGUGGAGAUGGGCCGUCGCAGCGAUAUUGGCGUUCAGACUACUUUGAGCAAAGACAGGGUGAUCGAAGAGGUUAUCUUGACGGGAACUGCGGUUCAGGUAUCGGAGGGUAAGAUCAUCGCGCCUGACUCAGAGUAG